AGAAGAGAUUGUCAUAGGUGAGUUCACGCACCGAAAUUAUUACGUCGAAUAUCUAUUGUGUGAUGGACGUGAAAGGAGCUUAAGCAUCAACACAGGAAUAGGAAACGUUCAGCAUUUCACUAAUGGAAGGAUUCUUUGUAAUGGAAUGACAAGAUUCUUUGAGUUAGACACGUUUGAUGGGACUUUGAAAUGUGAAACCUUUCGUAGCUGUGUCUUUAAUCUGUGAUUUGAAGCUUUACGGAGUCAAAAUGUUUUCCUACAUGAUGCAGUCCCUAAAAUCGGACCGAGGGUGUUACUUUAUUUUGGGACUGCUGCUCUUUUUAUACAUCAUCAUAAUGGAUAUUAUUCUAUACUGCUCUCUUCAAAAUACUACACUAAUUGAUCAAAAACAUGAGGGGUCGUACUCUCCUUUCUCGCCCCUCUCGGCCAAGUUGCUCAUGAGUGAUCCCAUUCAACAUUACAUCAUCAAUCCAACGUCAGAACGCUUUGAUGAAAUUACCAGAUUCAGCAAGAUUUUCUAUUUUAUCUCACCAAAUAUGAUCAGUUUUACCCAUCUUUUUCUUGCUUUGGUGGCAGCAAAGUUUGUCUCCUCCGACUCUCUCAGAACUAGAAGAAUUGGGGUACUGGUCUACGAGUUUAGAACCUGGCUAGACAGUUUAGAUGGGGUGGUUUUUCGCAGUCAUAAAAACCAGCAGCAUGAAUAUAAGUCCCAUCAUGAUAGUUGGGGAUUUUUCAUCGAUGCUGGAUGUGAUAUCACAGGAGGAGUCAUUUUCUCUUUUGGAGUUUUAUUUUAUUUAUUCAAAAUGUCGCCGUCCUUUUUCAAUAAGUACAAGGAGGAAGGCAGUGCCACAUUACCUCUUACUAAAGCAGAAAAUGGCUAUAGUAGUGGGGAGAAAACCAAUGGGAAACCCAGCAAGAAAAUGAUUUUUUGGAAAUGCCUGUGCUUUGGGAUGCAAGUGUUUUUCUCUUCAGGAACUUGGGACAAGCGGGUAGAGCAGUACGGCGACAUUUAUGCAACAAAGUUAGACGCGCAAAAAACCGUGAGGCAAACAGCAUCAUUGCAUUCAUUGAGCACAUGGCUGAUUCUGUAUGUUUGGCGGUAUAUUGAUGGCCAGGCUCUGUUACAAAUGUACUGUCUGGUUAUAUUUAUGGACAAAGUCUGGGAGUUCCUGAAUUUUGUUCAGUAUGUUGGAUUUGGUGUAAUUUUGUUUAUCAAUGUCAUCUCAGAAAUACAUCUUCGACGUGUCAGAGAUUAUAUAGGGCUCUGAAUAAGGGAUGUCGUCAGUACAGUUCCUGGAAAAAAAAAUGCAUUCUGCUGAUAAAGUUAGUUUUAAAUACUUUGACUAGACUGAAAACGUAUGAUUAUGUAUGCUUUUUUUCCUUUUCCUUGUAAAACUUGUAUUUUUGUGAUAUCAUUAUAAUGUUUGUGUAUGUAUUGGUGCUGAAAUGACAGGGACCCUUUUCUUGGAUUUUAAUCUUUUUUUUUUCAUUGAUUAACAGAGCAACCUAAAAGUAAAGAGUUUCUCUAUAGUAAUCUUACUUGGUUCUUUAAAUCACGUUAAAAUAAUUCUAAAAUUCAUCUAAACUGAGAAGCAAAAAUUAGACAAAAUUUUUUAUGAUAAUUGUUGUAAACAUUAUUGUGAAAUGAUCCAUGUCUGGAUUUUACUUCUGUGUGACAAAGAGAUAUCUGACUGAUUCAUUUUAUGUAGUUUUUUUUUUCCUUUUCAUAUAGGGAUAACAAUUUUGUUACUGCUCCCUUUAUACUUUGCUGGUCAUAAUGUAUGCUAAUCCCUGUUCAUUAUUCAUCUGUUGCCAGAUGUAUUGGGCUUUACCUUGUGUUUUUGAUACAUGCAGCAGAUUUACUCCACCAUCAUUGAAAAAAAGAAGUGCAAAUAUUGAUGAUAUUUUGAAUUCCAAAGUUGAUAUUUGUUAACUGAAUUUAUGUGAAUAAUAAACACAUAUAUAUUUUUGCACUCUGUCAGUUCCACAAGAAUGGUGAAAUUGUCGAAGUUUAUUUCUUUUUAUAUAUUAAGCUGAAAUUUUUGCAAGCAUAUUUAUUUAUAUUCUCAUUUUUGCACGUUCAUGAAGUUGCUAGAUUUAUUGGAAGGCUGCAAUCUGUUGCACAUAUUUUUUUAAUGAACACCUACAUGUAUGCUGCUUACAUGUGUCAUAAAUUUUUCAUUCCAUUAUAUAUUAUCAGCAAGGAUUAGUUUAAAAAAAAAAAAAAAGGAAAAAAUUCAUCAUUUUUCAGCAGUACCUCAACCAACCAAUAAAAAAAAACUAAAAAAAAGAAAGAUUGAUUGAAAUAGAGUCAAGUUUGCACAUAAAGAGCAAGGUUCACUUAGGGCUUUUAUUGGCCCUGUGAAUUUCUGAAAAAUCAAAACGUACGUUUUAGUUGACACAUUAAAUAUCACUUUGACCUUUGGUGACUGCAUAUCUACUGAAGAUAUUGUAAUUUUCAUGCUAGUCCAUGAAUUAUGUUAUGAAUUGUGUUAUUCUUCCCUAAUCCUGAAAAUAUCUUCAAAAACGGCCAAAAAAUAAAGUUGCAUUUCAAUAUUUGGUAUAGAGCCCAACCUUUUGAUCCACAACGUGCAAUUAUAUAAUGAAAGAACUUCUUUUAAGAUUAUGAAAUAUAUUUAUUUUUUGAAUGAAGGGGUGGGCUCAUAUUUAAAUUCUUUGCUGAAGGUACUAAAAAAUACCUGUUUUCUGCAAAAUUCAAGAAAAUAGCAAUUUUACAAAGCUUUAAAUAUCGGUGCCUGGACUCUCAAAGAAAGCUUUGUUAGAGAAAAUAAAAGCACCAAGUCUCUACUUUGUAUGGGUGUUUAAAAUUGGACAAAGGGUCUUGACCUAUUAAUUGGUACAUUGACAGGACCAUUCUAUGGAUAAAGUGAAUCUAGCUCUUUAGAAGUGAGAACAUUGAAAAUAAACUAAGAAAUUGUUCAUGUAUUUGUAUAUAUAUAGUCUUAAAUAUAUCAGUGCAUAGAUUUGAAGUAUGCAUUUUUUUCUUCUGUCAGAUCAGUGACCAUCCAGAAUUCCUCUUUUUUCCUGGAUGAAACUUUUUUAAACAAUCAAAAUUAGAGGCAAGUGGGAAAAAAAUGCAUCUGGCAAUUAUAACUGCAGCCCAUUCCAACACAGUACAUUUCAAGUGGCAUUAUAUACCUCAAAUGUAGUCAUGUUUGAGUAGUAUUUUUGUGUGCAUGCAUGUAUUUGAUUUAAAAGAAAGUAGAGUCAGUUAUAGAUAUAAGAUUAUUAUAGUUUAGAUACAGAAUGCAUAUUUGUAUGUAGCACCCAUUGAGUGAAUGCAUAGUCAUGUUUACAAGUACAGGAGUAAAUCUAUUUAAUAGCUGCUUAAUUUUUAAUGUUACUUUGUAAAUAUUUUGUUUCACCAAAGUUCACUUUAAAAAAAAGGAUAAUAUGUAAACGUGAUGAAGGAGAUACAUUCUUAAAUCAGAAUCCGUCAAAUUAAUCCAAUUAUGAAAAUGAAGUUCAAGUUAACUCCCAGACAGAAAGAGUCAAAAGAGACCAUACUGAAAUUGUAAAUCUGCUUCUUGAUAAGAAUUCUUUUUUGAUUAAGAAAUGAGACCAUAUAGCCAUAUAAUGACCUCAACUCAAAAGUCAUAUUCCCAAGGAAGUAGUUUGAGUAUUUGACUUGAAAACUUGUUAAAAAUCUUGAUAUGAACAGUUUUUAUCCUGAUCUUGUAUUUUCUUGAAAGUUUCAUUUUCAAAAUCAAAGUAGGCCAGUCUGAAUUUUUGUCUAAAUUUUGACUGAUAUUUCUUUAACCUAUGCAUGCAUACAUGUAUUUGGGUCAUAUUCUGUUCAUGACAAAUAUUAUGCUUUUCUUAUUAACAACAUCAUCAACAAUAGAAAAUGUCUUUUUUGUAAAGGUCUAGCAACACAUUCCCAUUGUCAAGUUUGCCGGAUAACUUUAACAUUUCAAUUUAAUGUCAGAUAUUACUUUCAAUGCCCAUAAUUUUACAUGCAAUGUGCAAAAGAGAAGCAUCCAUCAGUUUUCUGUUUGUCUUGCUUUAUCAUGUUGAUUUCAUUCAUUUUGAAAGCUUUAAUUGUAGGGGAACAAGAGUUUUCUUUAUCCAAGUUUGAUUUACAUGUAUAAAAUAUAUAAUCUUUGUUAUUUUUUUUCAAUGGACUAUAUAUUUUUCUGCUGUAUGAUCUAUAGAAGUAGAUUUCUUUAUAUAUAUAUAUAUAUAUUAGUGCUGAAAGAUGGAUUCAUCCAUAUAUU